UUCAAAGGAAAAAAUUAAACAUGAAAAUUAAAAUCGAGUUACAAUCUUGUAUUGGUAUAAAACAUAUCAGUAAAUAAGAUGUCUGAAAAGGAGGAUACUUCAGCAGAGGCAGAGAAUAUCACUAGUCAGUUUAGGGAAGAAUCUAAUUUACAGUUGGUGGAGGAACCUGGGUUUAUUAAAGAAACAUCAAAUUUGUUAAAGGAAGCUUCUGAAGAGGAACCUCGUGACCAGAUUUGUAAAACAGAUCCUAGAAAUGAUACCUUAGAGAUACAUGACAAUACAUCGACAUCUUCCUCUGGAAGCAAAUCUAAGAGAAAUGAAGAAGAAAAGAAAACUCUUCAAAUUUCUAAAACAAUCACUAGAUAUGACAGCUCACAAUUAAUAACUGAAACAUUAUCGGUAAAUGAGAUGACUGCUGAAUCUGAAAUUUCUGCUGACUUCCUAGCUCAUGAAACAUUAGGAAAAAUUAGUCCACAACUCACUGAAGAAAAUCAGAAAGGAGUUGACUUAGGGUUAGAUAACUUUACAGUUAACCUCAAGGCCAAGGGUUUACAAGAAUUCCCUAAGGACAUUUUAAAAAUAAAAUAUGUAAAAUACCUAUAUUUAGAUGAGAACCAAAUCAAAAGUUUUGAAGGAGCAGAAUCAUGUGACCUGACAGGACUUGAAAUUCUAUCCUUGCAAGAUAAUGGAUUAUCAACAUUUCCAUCUGAAAUUCAAUUACUUCAUAAUUUAAAGAUAUUAAAUGUUAGUCACAACCAAAUAUCACAUAUACCUAAAGAAAUAUCACAGCUGAGGAAUAUCAGGCAGCUCUUUUUAAAUAACAAUUACAUUGAGAAUUUUCCUUCUGGCUUAGAAAGUCUUAGAAACUUGGAAAUUUUAAGUCUGGCUAAAAAUAACUUAAGAUAUAUACCAAAUACUCUGUGUAUUUUGAAAAACUUGAGUGUUCUCAAUCUGGAAUAUAAUCAGUUAACAAUAUUUCCUAAAGUUCUGUGCUUCCUUCCAAAGUUAAUUUCACUAAACCUUACUGGAAACCUGAUAAGCAGUUUGCCGAAAGAAAUUAGGGAGCUUAAAAAUUUAGAAAAACUUUUAAUGGAUCAUAAUAAACUUACAUUUUUGCCAGUGGAAAUUUUUAGAUUGCUCAAAAUGCAAGAACUCCAACUGACUGACAAUAAAAUAGAAGUGAUUUCACACAAAAUUGAGAACUUCAAGGAACUUAGGAUUCUAAUUCUUGAUAAAAAUUUAUUGAAAGAAAUACCAGAGAAAAUUUCCCACUGUGUAAUGUUGGAAUGCCUUAGUCUUAGUGAUAAUAAAUUAACAGAACUUCCUAAGAACAUCCACAAGCUUAAAAGUUUAAGAAAACUCCAUGUAAACAGAAAUAAUAUAGUGAGAAUACCUGAAGAUAUCUCAUAUCUUAAUAAUAUGUUCAGUCUAGAAUUUUCAGGAAAUAUAAUCACUGAUGUUCCCAUUGAAAUAAAAAACUGCAGAAAAAUAACUAAAGUUAAACUGAGUUAUAAUAAGAUAAUACAUUUUCCAGUAGGUUUGUGUGCUUUAGAUUCUCUUCAUUAUUUGAAUAUUAAUGGAAACUAUAUUUCAGAAGUACCUGUGGAUAUAUCUUUCAGUAAACAACUGCUUCAUUUAGAGUUUAAUGAAAACAAACUCCUCAUAUUUUCUGAGCACUUAUGUUCUCUUAUUAAACUUCAAUAUCUGGAUCUUGGUAAAAACCAAAUAAGGAAAAUUCCAGCAUGUAUUUCCAAUAUGGCAUCACUCCAUGUUCUUAUUUUAUGCUGUAAUAAAUUUGAAACUUUCCCUAUAGACGUGUGUACUUUAGCAAAUUUGCAAGUACUUGAUUUUUCUGAAAACCAAAUAAAGAAGAUCCCUUCAGAGAUCUGUAACUUAAAAGGAAUCCAGAAAUUAAACAUCUCAAACAAUCAAUUUAUAUAUUUUCCUAUUGAACUGUGUCAACUUCAAUCACUGGAAGAGCUGAAUAUAAGUCAGAUAAAUGGGACAAAGUUAACAAGACUUCCAGAAGAGCUGUUUAAUAUGACUCAACUUAAAAGACUUGAUAUCUCAAAUAAUGCAAUCAGAGAAAUUCCAAGAAAUAUAGGGGAAUUGAAAAGUUUGGUUAGUUUAAACGCAUACAACAAUCAAAUAAGUUACCUGCCACCAUCGUUUCUAUCUUUAAAUGAUCUCCAGCAACUAAACUUGAGUGGAAACAACCUUACAGCUCUGCCUAGUGGUAUCUAUAACCUUUUUUCACUGAAGGAUAUAAAUUUUGAUGAUAACCCUUUGCUGAGACCUCCAAUGGAAAUCUGUAAAGGAAAACAAUUGUAUACUAUUGCACGCUAUCUACAGAAGGCAGAUGAAAGAGAUGAGAAAAUCUUAGAGAAGAUCUUCAAGAUAGUUGCCAACAACAUCACUGAAACAAAUUUUCAAUUUUUGUGUCAAAAAUUGAACCUGCCAAUCUCAGAAACUGAUAUGUCUACAAAAAGCACUGUUUCAUUAAGUGAGAGAGUCCUCCAAGCACUUGAUAGGUGGAAAAUGGAAAGUAACAACUUGUCACUAACCACGGCUGCUUUAAGAGAUCAACUAACUCGGUCACUAACUAUGAUAGGAGCAUAUGAAAUUAUGGACAAAAUAACAGCUUUAAAACUUUUUACAUGUGCAAUUAAAUUCUGA